AUGAAUAAUACAUCUGCACUCUAAUAAACAAUUCAUAAUUAUUGUUAACAAUCGUAUUCUGCUGGGGAUUUUGCGGUAUGGAUUCAAUUUGAUAAAGUUUAGAAAAACCAACAAGUUUUAGAACAAUUAAGAAAAUUCAUAUUGGAUUGGAAUAAUAUACAAUUAUUGAAAAAUAUUAUUGAAGUGGAUUGUAAAUAAGAGACAACUUUUGUGAUUUACACAUUACUUCAAAAAGCAAUUGCUGCAGGCUGUAAAUUUGUAAAUGUGCUUCCGACUCAAUAAAAAAUCACAUAAAGUUAUGAAGAAUAUGAAAGGUUAAUAAAAUGCUCAAUAUUUUAGUAAUGAAAGAUAACAAUUUACUACAAUUGUGACAAUCCACUUGGAAAUAGUGAUAAAUUAUUUUUCAAAAGGAUUGUAGCAUCAAAAUUAUGUUUAAAACACAGUUUUGUUUGCCUUAGCCUUUAUUUUGAGAAAAUAUUGGUCUGAAAUAAUUGCACCAGAGUAAUUAGUAGAAAGACUUAUUAACACAUUCUUUUAUACUCAGAAUGUUCAAAUUUUAUCUUUAGGAUGCAAAUUAUUUGAAAAUCUAUUAAGCUGUGUUCGCCAAUAUUAUUAUGCAACUGGUUAUUUAGAGUUUAGAAAAGUUAUGAUGGGUUUUCAAAGGUAGAUAUAAACUUAUUAAAUAUUUUUAGAUAGUCUUUAACAAGAUUAUUAGAGUCGACUCAUAAACUAGUUUAAAAUUAAUUGAAAAUGGGAACCUUUUUAUAAUUAUAUCAAUUAGAUAAAUCUUAUGCUGAUUCAUUAAUAUCAUUGCUUAAUUCAUUCUUGACAUUUAAUUUUAAUCUUAGUUUUUAUGAAAUUGAUGUUGAUUAUGAUUCUAAAGAUAACUUGAUUAUUAAUGUAAAUAUGUAUCAUACCAAAUUUAGUUUCCUGAUUCAUACUUUAAUAUACUGAAUGAUGAAAAACUUAAUUAGGAGUAUUUCAGAGCUAUUAUUGAAUUUUACCCAUUGGAUUAAAGUAUUUCAAUUAGAAUCUUAAAUAUUGUUUAAAGGAUAGCUUCUGUAAGAUAAACUUUAUUUUUUUCAAAACACAAUUUUAAAAAGAUUGUUAGAAAAACACUUUGGGAGGGCUUGCUAUAUCUUUUAAAUAAUUAUGAAUUAUACUUAAAUAACACCGAUUUUUCAAAUGAGGUUUGCUCUUAUGCUAUAAGAUUAGUUGUAAAUGUCUAUAAGCUAUUCAUUAGUCAAAUUUUACUUUAAAAAAAUUAAGAAAAUUUUAGGAUUUGUUUGAUCAAUGUGUUAAUUAGUUAAAUUAUAUUAAUCAUAUCAUUCUCAAAAACCAAGGAAUAAAACUAUCUACAAACAGUGUUUUUAUCAAACUAUAGGAAGUUUGGCAUCAAUUUUUAUUUUAAAUUAACAUUUACAGUUCUCAAUAUUUACAAUAGUUUAAAUUAUUGUAAAACUCUGUAAAUUUGAGUUUUAAAUUAUUAAUUCAUGCAUUUUAUAAUGGAAAUCCUUUUUCUGAAAUACCGCCCAAUUAUCCUAUUAAAAAAAUUAAGAAAUUUUUGGACAAAAGCUUUCACUUAUGCAUUUAGGUAUAUCAAUAGAAUACUGUUGAAUGUGUAAAUGUGAUUUCGGACUUAUUAAAAACUCUACCCAUAAUUGUAUUUAAUUAUAUUGAAUUUAGCAAGUUUCAACAUUGUAACCAUAAGAAUAAUUAAUAACACUAUGUAAAACUUUAUACAAAUUUAAGAAAAAUUUAGUGCUUUGUUGUGUCUAAUAUCUGCUCUCGUGUUAAGUCCAGCCUAGGUUGAAUUACUAAAUGGAGUUGAUUCUCAAUUUUAGUAUGGCAAAUAAGAGGGUCAUCCUUAAACUCGUAUAUUAUUAUAAGCUAUCCUCGACUUGAUUGCGUUUACAAACAAAAUUCACAUCCCUGCCGAUGUAAACAAUCAAUUAAGUUAAAUCAUAGAAUUAUGUUUGCAAGUUAUAUCACACUAGUAUAUUAAUCUUUAUUUAAACCUACAUAUCGUAAACUAUAGAGAAUUUGUACUAUGAGGAGACUUAAAAGAUAGUGAUAUCUCAAUCAUAAUUGUAAUAAAUUAUUUGUCAUAAUAGAUCAAUGACUCUAGGAAAAGAUAAUUAAAUGUCAUGUAAUUAUUUGAUAGUUAUUGAAAGUUGCUUAGAAAAAUGGUAAUGUUUGAUAUAAUUUAAGCUUCCAAAUAUUUACAUUUCAUGAACCAGAUUUAGUGGAAUAUAGCUUUAUAAUUUUAUAAUAUACAUAUGAAAAGUAUUCAUUGAUUCAAUUUUUUAGAUUAAAAAGAUAAUUAGAUAGAAGAUUCUUUAGAUAGAGUUCUAUCAGUAGUAUGUUGAAGCAAUUCUUUUUAUAGAUGGAUUUGACAUGUUUUAAUGAAGUUCAAUAUAUAAAGAAAAGGAAACAAGUAUUUAAAUUGGUUUCUCUGGUUUGGGUUGAUGACUAAUUGGAUGAUUAUGUGCCUGCAUUGGUAGAUAUUUAUAAAUAAAUAAAAAAAUCCAUUGCUAAUGAAACAAAUAAAAUUAAUAUGCUCAAAUAUUUGUGGGAUAUGAUUGGAGUAGUUGAUGAAUUAGAAGUGGAUAAUAUAUAUAGAGUAUUCUUAAGGAUUGUGUAAUAUCAAUUAUAUAGUUAGAUUUCCAGAUUUAUCGUCUCUAUUGUCUACUGAUAAUACUCAAAUAUUUGUACAAGACUAUGAUUCCUCUUUAGGAUUAACAGCACUUUUGUGUACAAUCUUUAAAAAUAAGUAAUAUAAUCCAAAUAUAAAAAGAAAUACACGAUUGUCAAAUGAAAACAUUCAAAUUCUACUUUAUUAAAUCUAUGGCAAAGCUACAGCAUUCUUUAUCACUUCCAUUGAUUAUUUGAUAUUACAAGCUCAAACUAGUUUAUAAUAAGGCUAACAAGUUAAGGAUCAAAUAUUGAAGAUGGCAGCUAAAUUAUUAAAAGUGAUGGGCUAGAUUUCAAGUUCUAAACAAAUUAAUUAAGGAUUUUUUGUCAUCUAUUAAGAUUCUUCAUACUUAAAUUUGUUUAAGAAAUAAUUGUAACUGAUAACAGUCUAUAAACCUUUAUUUCUUAAUUUAAUAAAAUACAAAAAGUACUUGUUUGAAUGCUUGGAAGGGAUAUGCUCAGAGCAUAGUGAGACAUUAGCUUAUAGGUGUGGAUUAGAUGUUUAUUUAGAUUUAUUAAUGAUAUCAGAAGGGACUUUAAAAGAGAUAUUAAAUUUCAAACAACUUAAAGGUGAAGAUCAAAUAAAUGAAGAAGCACUUCAAAUAUCUUAAGUUGCUAGUAUUCUAUGCAAUGUGAUGCAAUUCUUAAUACAAGAAGGAGUCAUUGGGGAAUAGGUGGAUACAGAAAUGAUUAAGAAGAAAACUUAAGAGAUAUACUCUGCUGGCAAACAACUCUUAACAUCCAUUUUUUCAUUGGCAUUUACAUUAAUUGUUGCGUUUCCCAAAGUUUUAAAAUUUUCAACUCCUAAUAGUGAAAUCUUGUUUGCAAUUUCUUUAUUCAAUCCAAAUGAAGUAUGUAUUUUGAUUUACCUUAGUUUCAACAAUUACUUGUUGAAUUGGUUUAAGAAUACAAAAAUAAUCUUAUAUUGCCAUAAUAGACUUUAGAGUUUAUUACUACAGGAUACCAAGGUAUGUAUCAUAAAUAUUAUGAUAGUUUUAAAUAACUAUUUGAAUAGCACUACUAAGGAGUUGUUUACUAAAUAAAUAAAAUAAGCUUUAGAAUAGGUUUGUUCUUAAGAAGAAUUCUGA